UGGCGGAAUUAUAAAAAAACAUCCAGGAUUCAUCAAACCGGUUGCGCUGCUCUAGAUAUUUUUGUUGGUUGGCUGACUUGAUCGUUCUUUAAUACUUAAAAACGCUUUACGUUUGUAGUAGCUGACUUGAUCAUUCCAACCGGUUCGCUUGAAAAGUCGUUUUGACUGGCAAUUUAAUAGCAAGCUGACCUACCUAGAUAGUUAGCUAGCUAACUGUAAGCUAAGAUAGUACCAAGGUAACAUUGGGUAGCUCAUGAUAGCUGUCUAACAUCAUACACAGUUUUGGCAGAAAUGGCAGACAACAAUACAGAACAAACAGCUGAAAUGAAGCAGGACAAUCAUGCGUCCACUGGGAAUGCAGACCAAGAGAAAGAGCUGGCAGUUAACGCGUUUGAUGCUUUUACGUCUGGAAGCUACGACGACUCUCUGAAGCAUCUCGGAACCCUGCAAGACUUAAACAAGGAAGAUUAUAAAAUAGCAAUGAACAAGGCCACAGCAGAAUUUUACAAAAGUGGCCAAACUACCACGGACACCUUAAAACAGGCACUGCUAGCCAUGAAAAACCAGGUCCAUACAGCUGUUGAAGACAUUGAUGGUUUGGAUGAUGUUGAGAACAGCAUCCUUUACUACAAUCAAGCGAUCAUACACUACCACCUCAGGCAAUACUCAGAGGCUAUUGUGAUUGGGGAAAAGCUAUACCAGUUCCUGGAACCUUUUGAAGAGAAGUUUGCUCAGGCGGUGUGCCUCCUGCUGGUGGAUCUGUACCUGCUCACCUUCCAGCCGGAAAAGGCUCUGCAUCUCCUGGCUUUGCUGGAGAAACUCACCGUUCAGGGGAAUAACAAGAAUGGCAAAAUGGAUGCAAACAAAGAUGCCAACCAGAAGGCUGACUGCACAGCUGUGAUUGAAGCUGCAAAGUCAAAAAUGCAUCAGUAUAAAGUCCGAGCCUACAUUCAGAUGAAGUCACUGAAGGCGUGUAAGAGGGAGAUCAAGUCUGUGAUGAACACAGCAGGAACUUCGGCUCCAUCCCUCUUCCUGAAGAGUAACUUUGAGUAUCUGAGAGGAAACUACAGGAAAGCGGUGAAGUUGUUAAACAGCUCCAACAUCGCAGAGCACCCCGGGGCUCUGAAGACCGGUGAAUGUGUUCGCUGUAUGUUUUGGAAUAACCUGGGCUGCAUACACUUUGCGAUGGGGAAGCACAACCUGGGCAUUUUCUACUUCAAGAAGGCCCUGCAGGAGAAUGACCACACGUGUGCCCAGAUCGGGAACGGCGGAAACGGUCAGACGAAGUCGUUCUCUGGCGUUCCCAUGUGUGCCCUGCUGGCCAAUAAGCGUUACGAGCUGCUCUACAACUGCGGGAUCCAGCUUCUGCACCUGGGGCGCCCCCUGGCGGCCUUCGAGUGCCUGAUGGAGGCUGUGCAGGUGUACCACUCUAACCCACGCCUGUGGCUCAGGCUGGCAGAGUGCUGCAUCUCUGCCAACAGAGGGAGCUCGGAGCAGGAGAACAAAGGUCUGCCCAGUAAGAAGGGCAUAGUGCAGUCCAUCGUGGGUCAAGGCUACCAUCGCAAGAUCGUCCUGGCCUCUCAGUCCACACAGAACACGGUGUACAGUGACGGGCAGUCUGCAGCCAUCCCUGUGGCCAGUAUGGAGUUUGCUGCCAUCUGUCUGCGGAACGCCCUGCUCCUCCUGCCUGAGCUGCAGCAGGAGGUGAAGAGUGACUCCUGCUCCAAGAGCUCCAGUCUGUCCGGCAGCACCGAGAGCGGCAGCGAGAACAGCGAGGCCUGCAGUGGGAAAGGCUCUGACGGAGACAAGCUGAUUCCUGCCGACCCAUCCUCCCCCCUCAGGAAACAGGAAGUGGACAAUCUGAGGUGCUCCAUCCUGGCCUGUAGUGCUUAUGUAGCCCUGGCACUGGGAGACAACCUGAUGGCCCUCAACCACGCCGAGAAACUCCUUCACCAAAGCAAACUGUCCGGGUCCCUUAAGUUCCUGGGGCACCUGUACGCGGCCGAGGCGCUGAUCUCCAUGGACCGGAUCUCAGACGCCAUCGCGCACCUCAACCCCGAGAACGUCACCGACGUGUCCCUGGGGGUCUCCUCCAGCGAGCUGGACCAAGGUUCUGAAAAAGGGGAUCUGGAGCCAGUGGAGUCUUCGGGGAAGCCGGCUCCUGUGUGUUACCCCAGCACUGUGAGCUCCGCCCGCGCCAUGAUGCUGUUUAACCUGGGCAGUGCCUACUGUCUGAGGAGCGAGUACGAGAAGGCCCGCAAGUGUUUACACCAGGCUGCUUCCAUGGUCCAGACAAAGGAAAUCCCUCCUGAGGCCAUACUGCUGGGCGUGUACCUGGAGCUGCAGAAUGGAAACACACCCUUAGCCCUGCAGAUCAUAAAGAGGAAUCAGCUCCUCCCCUGGGGAAAGUCGUCAUCUCCCGACGUGCGGAAGAAACCAGCCACCUUCCAGCCCGUGCAGCCCAUCCAGAUGCCCUCGUCCUUCACACAGGUUCAGAGGAAAUGAUCCAGGACCAGCUCACCCAGCGACCAGCCCAGACCUCAGACAGGACGAGUUAAAUGUGGAUACUGAUUCAGGAUCAGUCAUCUUUCCUACACCACCAGUGUCCAGUGGCACAAUUUUCUCACGCCACUUAACACCCAUCCCAAUAAAAAGACAGAGGUUUUUCCGUAGAUCUCAAUUGCAUGGCGGAGGAUUGUGUUUUUUCUCUUCAUUUUUAAAUCCGAAAAGUUCCAGGUGGAGCAGGCCUUGCUUCACCCACAGUGUAGUGCUCCCCUCUCUGAGAUAAAAUGCUGUCUGGUGAGCAACUAAAAAAUAAAUGUUUAUUUACACAUAA